GCUGAUCUCCAGUGGGUGCCUGAAUCUGCUCGGUGUGGUCCAGGGGCGCGCACCACCGGGCGGCUGUAGGAGACUCAGCGGGAGCCGGGCCGCCCCGACCCUGCCCCGCCUGUGUCCCCGGCUCCACCCGCCGAACUGCGGCACCAUGUCCUUCAAGAGGGAGAUGCCACUUGCAAAUGCUGUGUUCUGGACCGCACGCAGAGGAAACGCUACCCUCUUGAGGAUACUUCUAAACAGUGGUCGGAUGGAUGUAGACUGCAGAGACAGUGUUGGGACAACUGCUCUCAUGGUGGCUUCACACUGCAAUCAUAUGGAUUGUGUUCGGGAGCUGAUCUUACAAGGAGCGGGCAUUAACAUCCAGAGAGAGUCAGGUUCUACUGCUCUUUACUUUGCUGCUCAACAAGGGAACGAUGAGAUUGUGAAAUUCCUGUUGGAGUAUGGGGCCUCCACAGAGCUAUCAACCAAAAAUAGAGCCACUCCACUGUCGAUCGCAAGUCAGUGCGGACACCUCAAAGUGGUGGAGACUUUGCUAAACAGGAGAUGCAACGUUAAUAUCCAGCUGCAGGACGGAGCAACAUCGCUCUUUCUGGCCGCACAAGGCGGGCACCUUAAAGUGGUUCAACAGCUCCUGUCAGCGGACGCAGAGAUUGACCAACCAAGACAGGAUCUAACCACACCAUUGUGGAUAGCGGCACAAAUGGGAUACAUUGAUAUCGUUAAGCUGCUGCUCCAACAUGGAGCGAGUUCAGAUACUUCUCGCAAGGACGGCUCUACACCUUUAUUCAAAGCUGCAUACAAAGGGUUUACAGAAGUUGUCCGGGAGUUACUGAUGUUUUCUCCCUCACUGGGAAUUCUAAAGAAUGGAAUGACGGCUCUCCACGCUGCGGUGUUAGGAGGGAGUGCAAGAACAGUGACUCUUCUCAUUGAAUCUGGAGCAGAUCCAAGUCUAAGGAACACGGAAAAAGAGUUACCGUCAGAUCUCACGAGGAAUGACCGGUUGGUCAAGUGUCUUCAGUCAAGACGAGGUGCAGAAAGUUGAUGAUGUGAAAAAGAUGUCUGACAAACCUUUCAGAGCACAGUGAGAACUGCAAUUCUUUGCUUUUGGCUGGGGAGAGAUGUGACGAGUGAUUAUAAAGAUGUCAUUAAAAAAAUGAACAAGCCAUAUUUGGGGUUAUUAUGCAUCUGUUGUUUGUAUUAAUUUUAAUUAAAAAUAAUUUAAUGUCAUUUUAAUAUCACUGGAGCGUUUUGAUUCAUUAAAAGAUGAAGGCAAAGAUAUUCCAUUUACGGGUGAUGACAGAAUCACCAGAACAGAGAAUGUAUUUAUGCUUUGAAGUAUUUCUGCUGUAAAGUUAAUGAAUAAUUACAGUGCUAAAGAAUAAUUUUGGUGCUGGCUGGUUUAACGUUUUGGAUAAAAGAUAUGAAGAGAAAUGUUUUGAGCUGGUAGUCUGUAAUUCACUGCCUGUAGGGGAGUGAAGGCAGCCAGUUAGGUCGUCAGCAGGGAAUUGGAUGACACUGUGGAUGGAAUAACUGCAGGUCGACAGGAAACGAGCAGGGCACUGAGACUGACGGGAUUGCUGUACAGGGGGGUGGCAUGGACUCAACAGACCUCGCCUGUGCAGUUACAAAUCUAAGAUCUACUUGUUGAUCUAAGAUAUUCUCAGCACAAUUCAUCAAAAUUAUGUUGAGGUGGGAACAAUGUACUGCACCAAACAAUUAUGUUGCACUGUUGUUUAAUUAAACUUUAAUUGAACUGU